AUGUCUCGUUCAGACGCACAGAAGUUGAGUGCGGAGUUUAUGACCGAAGCUGAAAAAGAAACAGAGACAGAUAGACUUGUGAGAAAAAGCAAACAGCAACCUUUCAUUCCAAUCGGUGAGUUGAGCGAUCGAGCUUGCAUCUCAAAACGUAAAUAAGCGUAAAAUAAACAUCGUGAAUUCUUACCCUUACGUCUUCCAUUAAGAUUUCCGCCAUUUAACUCUUUUAAAACUGCCACUUUUGAAACGAUUUCUAUGGCUUUUACGAUCAAGCCUUUUCUGUGUCAAUGAUUUCGCCGGCCGGCUGAAAAUGUCACCGCCUGAAGUUCUACUUUGCUUAUGCAAUAGAAUAACUAAUUGUUAUAUCGGGGCGGUUUUAAUGAUCUUAUAUCUACAUGAAGCAGCAUUAUAAACUUCUGCAAAAAUUUUGUUUUCGUAGAAACCAAUGUAUGGACUUUGGAUUUUACACUAUAUAUCUCGAUUUAGUUUUCAACGUAAAAAUAGAUAGGCGUUAGCAUAUAUUUUUAAUGUAACAUCGCUCAUGUUGAAAUUAAAUACUGUACACGAGUGAGGGAAGGACCGCACUUAUUGCUUUGGGUGAAAAUUGUUGUCUCGAAUACUUCAGUUAAAUUUGUCAGUGUCGUUCUAUUCGGCGUUCUUCGUUAUCUUCGAUAAAUUGGAUUCAGCGCUGCCGAUUUCCCCUUUUGCGUGUAGUUAACACAGAAAUUUAAAAUUUAAAUGAUGCAAGGGUUUUGUCUUCCACAAUUAAGGUAGCAACAUUUACUCUUAGUUUAUUUCUAGUUAAGUCACCUUAUUUUCCCCUUGUUUUGGUAUUUUCAAGUUUUUUCCUUCAGAGUGUCUUACCUCAUGCAUUCUCUUAAAAAUAAUUUGUCUUCCAUUAUAUCUGCUCUGAAUGAAGGUCUGAUAGGGUUGAAUUUUCACUCAAACACCUUUGGAAGGUUUAUAAUAAUUUUUUCGGAAGGUCUCUAUACAGAAAUGAACUGAUAGAUGUUUGUUUAUGGCAGGAAUUGCUGGAACAGUGGCUGCAUGUGUAUGGGGUGCAAUCGCUUACAAGAAUAGAGGACCUGCCAUGACCACUAGCAGAUAUCUCAUGAGAUUACGAGUUAUUGCACAGAGUUGCGUAGUGGGUUCAAUUAUUGCUGGUAUUGGUGUAACAGCAUUACAAGAAAAACUUGAAGCAAAGGCUGCAGAAAAGAAGGAGUGA